AUGGAUGAUUUUAACCAAUGGAUCCAUGAGGGUGGUUUAAUUGAUUUAAGUGCUCAAGGUAGUAAUUUUUCUUGGUGUAAUGGCCAGAGUGGUUUAGCUAGAGCUUGGGCGAAGCUGGAUCGUGUGUUAUUGGAUGCAAAUUUAUUGUCUUUGUUCCCUACGGCGUCUUGUUCGUACUUAUCAAGGACGACUUCAGACCAUUGCCCUAUGUUGGCUGAAUUUUUUAAGGAUACUUAUUCCAAUGGUCCUCCUCCAUUUAGAUUUCAGCAAAUGUGGGUUGAGCAUCCAGAAUUUAUUGGUUUUAUAAAGCAGGUGUGGGAUGUGCCGGUGCUUGGGACGGGGCUUGUCAUUCUUACUUGUAAGCUUAAAAAGGUGAAAGUGGCUAUUCGUGAAUGGAAUAAGCGAGUGUUUGGUAGGACUAAUACCCAUAUUGAGUCUUUGGAAGCGAAGGUUGAGGGUCUGGAAGGUUGUUUGCAAAGAGAGUGGGAUAUUGAUGCCGAGAGGGAGCUUGUGCUGGCUUCGGAUGAAUUAAAUUCUUGGAGACGCAGGGAAGAUAUCAGAUUAGCUCAAAUGGCUAAAAUAAAAUGGAAUAUGGAAGGUGAUCGUAAUUCAAAAUUUUUUCAUGUAUGGUUAGCUAAUAAACGACGUAAAAGAAUAAAAGGGAUGAGAACUCCGGAUGGGGUAGAGUUUAACUCGCCAGAAGAAAUUCAUAAUGGAGCUGUUGAAUAUUUUGCGGAUUUUCUUAAAAAUACUAACCAGUCACGAGUAUUUCCGGAUUUAUCAGAUUUGAUUUCACCAGUUAUUGAUGUUGAGGAUUGUACAUGUCUUUGUUGUACCCCUUCAUUGGAUGAAGUAAAGGAGGCUCUUUCUUCGAUUCCUAUAAACAGUUAUCCUGGGCCAGAUGGUUUUGGAGCAGGUUCCUCAAUCAAUUAUUAA